GGUUACAGCUGCCCCUCUCUCUCUCUCUGUACAUUCAUUGGUCAAAAUCACUGUGCUCAAAUCUGAUCGCCUUUCUUCCUCCACUUUCUUCGCGCUACAAUGCUGAGAUUGAGUUCUUCAAGAGGAAUCAGGGCCGCUAUUGGCUCGCUCACUACUUCAGUUCCCUAUGCAUCAAGAUCCAUACACUCGCCAGCUUUUGCUACCGUGGCUGCUGAAGAGAUUUCAGGCUCUCAGCCUGCAGAAGUUCUGAACUUGGUUCAGGGUAAAUGGAAGGCGUCUUCAAAUUGGAAUGCAAUACUCGAUCCCUUGAAUGGACAGCCAUUCAUCAAUGUCGCAGAAGUUCAGGAGGCAGAAAUAAAGCCAUUCGUGGAGAGCUUGUCCAACUGCCCAAAAUAUGGGCUACAUAACCCACUCAGAGCUCCAGAAAGAUAUCUUAUGUUUGGAGAUAUAUCUGCAAAAGCUGCUCAUAUGCUUGCACAACCUGAGGUUGCAAAAUUCUUCUCAAGGCUUAUUCAGAGAGUUUCUCCAAAGAGUUACACGCAAGCUCUCGCUGAAGUCCAAGUUACCCAAAAAUUCUUGGAAAAUUUUUCGGGAGAUCAGGUUCGCUUCCUAGCUCGGUCAUUUGCAGUACCUGGUAACCACCUUGGGCAGCAAAGUAAUGGCUACCGUUGGCCGUAUGGUCCUGUUGUAAUUAUCACUCCCUUUAACUUCCCGUUGGAGAUUCCCAUAUUACAACUGAUGGGUGCACUUUACAUGGGGAAUAAGCCAACUCUUAAAGUUGAUAGCAAGGUAAGCAUUGUGAUGGAGCAGAUGCUUCGGCUGCUACAUGAUUGUGGCCUGCCUAAGGAGGAUGUGGACUUCAUCAAUUCUGAUGGGAUAACCAUGAACAAGAUACUAUUGGAGGCAAAGCCACAAAUGACUCUCUUUACUGGAAGUUCACGAGUAGCAGAAAAACUGGCUGCCGAUCUGAAAGGGCGGGUUAAAUUAGAAGAUGCAGGUUUUGACUGGAAAAUCCUUGGCCCAGAUGUACAAGAGGUUGAGUAUGUGGCAUGGGUGUGCGAUCAGGAUGCUUAUGCUUGUAGUGGUCAAAAGUGCUCUGCACAGUCGAUCUUAUUUAUGCAUGAGAAUUGGGGUUCAAGUAAACUCAUCGACUUGAUGAAAGACUUAUCAGAGAGAAGGAAGCUGGAAGAUCUGACCAUAGGCCCUGUUCUUACUGUAACGACAGAAAACAUGCUUGAACACGUCAAUAAGCUGCUUCAGAUUCCAGGAUCAAAGUUACUCUUUGGAGGCGAACAGUUGCAGGAUCACUCUAUUCCAAAAAUAUAUGGAGCUAUACAACCAACAGCCGUUUUUGUUCCCAUUGAUGAGAUCCUUAAAGAAAACAAUUUCAGUCUGGUGACAAAAGAAAUUUUUGGCCCCUUCCAGAUUGUCACCCAGUACAAGCAGGAUCAGCUGGACAUGGUGCUGGAUGCUCUGGAGAAGAUGCAUGCACAUCUAACGGCUGCAGUUGUAUCAAGUGACCAACUUUUCUUGCAGGCAAGUUUUACUAAAAAUCUAAAUAUGAUUCCUUUUUUUCCUCCGAAUCUAAAGAUAAGGACGAAAUUGUCCAAAACAUAUCACAUGUGAUGCACACGGCAGUUCAUCCUAACUGUCCUGAGACAUGGGGGUUUGGUAAAAAAUUUACGAUACUUUGCAAAUCCUCCAAGUCAUGGUAGUUUUGCAAAAUUUAGUCGUAUAUUUUAAUGAUUCGUUGGACUUAACUCUUGUUAACUGCCAUAAAGAGGAAGCUACCAUCUGUCAAUU